AUGGUGAGGUUAUUGUUGUCUUCGAUCGUUGUUUUUAUCCUACUUGGAACUAUUGCUUUGAAUGUUAAUGCUUAUAAAUCCUAUUCGAAGCAUCAACUAUGGCGUUUACAUGUUACAAAUAAUGAGCAAGUGGCUAAAAUGCUUGAAUUUAGUCGUUUAGCACAUAUACACGGUAUUAAUUUUUGGUCAGAAGAAUUUCGUAUUAAUGUUCCUAUUGAUGUUAGUAUACCACCUGAAGCUAUUGAUAGUUUUGAUGAAUAUUUAUCAUCAUGUAAUGAUAAAAUCAAAUAUGAUGUUGUUAUGAAAGAUAUCGGUGCAAUUAUUGAUAAACAAAAAUUAUUACAUAAAGUACGUCCAUCAACUGUAAAUGCUGAUGAUUUUGCUUAUGAUAAAUAUCAUACAAUUUAUGAUAUUCAUGCGUGGAUUGAUAAAAUGGUUCAAACAUAUCCAACAUUAGCAUCAACAUUUACUGUUGGUCAAUCAUAUGAAAAACGUGAUAUGAAAGGUUUAAAAAUAUCAUCAAGUAAACAAGCGACUAAACGUGAUGGUACGCCAGUAAAUAAGAAAAAAGCUGUAUGGUGGGAUGGAGGUAUACAUGCUCGAGAAUGGAUUAGUCCAGCAACAGUUAUUUAUAUUGCUCAUGCACUUUUAUCAAAUUAUACUGUAGAUCCAGAGAUUACACAUUUUGUUGAUCAAUUUGAUUAUUAUAUUUUACCUGUAUUUAAUGUUGAUGGUUACUCUUAUACAUGGACAAAAGAUCGUUUAUGGCGUAAGACUCGAAGUAAAACAAUUAUUCCUCUUUGUUAUGGUGCUGAUCCAAAUCGUAAUUGGGAUUAUAAAUGGUGUGAAGGUGGUGCAUCACAUGAUCCUUGUUCAGAUACAUAUUGUGGUAGUAAACCAUUUUCUGAAAUUGAAACAAAACAAGUUGCAGACUUUAUUGGUGCUAAUAACGAUAGUAUUGUACAUUAUAUUAAUUUUCAUUCAUAUUCACAACUAUGGAUGUCACCAUGGGGCUAUACAACUAAACCACCAAAUGAUUUCAAAUUACAAGAUGAUGGUUCAAUUCAAGCGGUAGAUGCACUUGGUUCUGUUUUUGGUACUCAAUAUGAUCAUGGUAACAUUGGUGCAACUAUAUAUAUUGCAUCUGGUAAUACAGUUGAUUGGACAUAUGGUACUGCUAAUGUAAUGUUUAGUUACGCUGUUGAACUUCGAGAUACUGGUGAAUAUGGAUUUAUAUUACCAGAAGAUCAAAUUGUUCCAAGUGGUCAAGAGACAUUAACUGGUGUAUUAGCUUUAUUGAAAUAUAUUGAACAACAUGUUUAUGCAUAA